AUGAUGACGAUGAUGAUGCAGCGAAUAAAACCAGGCAAGUCACUCAGCUUGUGUGUUCGACGAACUGGAAGAACCAGUCGUUCUUCGUUCAGUGUCAGCCCCCACCGGCUUCAAUUGCCUGUGUUUGUUGCCGCAAGGACGAUGUCUACUCGGAUUCUUACCUUUCCAAACGACGGUUUCGAAAGACUCCCGGUCCACAUUCAAAUCGAAGAAGAAACAGUACCAGACUACGAACCCGAGAGGUUCUAUCCUGUACAAAUUGGUGAGGUGUUCUGCUCCCGGUAUCAGGUCGUCGCGAGGCUGGGGUUUGGCACCACUUCGACUGUCUGGCUGUGCCGAGACGUCAGGUACAUGUCCAUCCGUCCCGCGGCCGUCUCCCGACGCAUCCAAUCCAUCAACGCCGAGCACCCCGGCAAGGCGCGUUUGCGGGUGGCGCUGGAUACCUUUCAGAUCAUUCGCAUGAGUGAAGUUGUCUCACCACAUAUAGGCAACUGGAUCGGGUCAACACCGAUUCCCGACCAGACCCUCGAGGGGCGUGAGAGGCAACUAAGAGGUAGAGACCAGCAGCUGCUACUCGCUCUGGUGCGGAAGAUGCUGCGGUGGGAUCCAGAUGAGACGCCGUCCGCGGAGGACCUAUUCGAGGACGAGUUCCUGAUCCAGUACAGAGGAGGCGAAGACGGGUAUCGUCCAUGA